AUGUAACAUCCUAGAUCAACAUCAGCUCAUUAUAAUACGUGCAAUUCUCAAUAUGGAAAUGGUUGGUUAUUGCAUGAAGGAAAACAACAAGUAAAAUUGAAUGAAACUCCAGUUCCUACAUAUGCUGAAAUAGUUAGAAGCAUGCAAGUAUUCUCAAAUUUGACUAUGAUUUAAGGACUUUAGAAGAGCAGAAAAAUUAAUUAAGAAUAAAUUAGUGGCACAAUAAUUUGGUUUAGAACAACAAAAGUAAGAGACAGAGGAAGAGAAAUAAAGAAGAAAAAUAGAAAAUAAGGUGCCUCCAAAGCCAUUUCCAGUUAGAGAAAGCGAGUAUAAAAAGCCAGCUUAAGGAAUUAAUGUUGGUAAUUCCAUUUGGACAUACAAAUAGGAUCGCCAAUUUAUGAAACAUCUAGUAUGCAAUAUGGACAACUCAACCCAACGAAAUUUGAAUUAAUUGAAAAGUUUUACCCUAGAGAUGCUAAAUUCACUUAAGGAUUCUUAGGUCAUACAUAUAAAUUUGAUGGCCUUACUACAAGUGUUGCCUUUUCAAAAACUCAUAAAGCAUUGGAUGAGUACUGA